AAUUGAUUAGGCCAUUUACACAACACCAUGGCCGAUAACAAUGCUAUUCCCUCGUUUGCACCUACAUCUACCACUUCAUACGCACCGUCGAAUUUCAAUGCCGGUUUAUAUCAUCAAGAGAUCACUAAAGCCAGUUUGAUCAAAUCCAAUCAACAUAAGGUGGUUUAUGAUUCAUUAGCAGAAGCAUAUUCUAUUAUAACUGUAUUAGAAGUGAUUGAGAAUUCUUUUUUAAAAGAUUAUAUAACUGAUAAGGAAAAAUAUACUUCUAUUACAUUGAGAUUAAUUAAUCAAUAUCAAAUGAUCAUUAAAGGAUUUGAAAAUGACGAAUUAAAAUAUCAAAUAUUGAAUGAUUUAUUUAAAGACUUGUUACCAAAUUUAUCAAAUUUAGUUGAUUUGAUAGCGAAGAAAUUUAAUUUAGAUACUCAUUUAGCUAUAAGCCGGUUAAAAUCAGGUAUACCGGCAACGAUUGAGCAUUUACAUACCCGAGUUGAGUCCCAUGCCCAUAAUGAUGAACAAGCAGUAACUUCAUCUACAUCUUCAUUAAAUAAGGCCAAUAGUUCCAACAAGGCAAGUGCAAGAUUAGUGGCCGAAGCCACUGGGUCUUUCAUUACUAUGAUGGAUGCAUUAAAAUUGAAUUAUAAGACCAAGGAUCAAUUACAUCCAUUAUUAUCGGAUUUAGUGGUGAGUUUAAACGAUAUGGUUACAAAGAAUAGCGAAGAAGAAGUAGAGGAAGAGGAAGAAUUCAAACCGAUUGAAUUUCAAGGAAAAUCAAAAUUAGUUAAUUGGUUAAUUAAAUUAAAUAAUUUACAGGAUGAAGAAUUGAGUCAAGAUGAGAUUAAUUUAUUUUUAAAAGAUUUAGAUAAUGCUUAUAAAGGUUUUUACGCAUCUUUAGAAUAG